GGCCCCCCUUCCCUGCAAAGGGGGCAGAAUACGUUCCCGUUGGGGCAGAGGCUGCUGAGAGGUCCUGCCUGAACAGGCACCGGUUGGGCUCGAUGACCCUUGCCAUCGCCUUUCUCUCAUCCGCAAGCCUCUUUGCGCAGCUUUCCCGGCUCGUUCCUGGCCUUCUGUGCAUCCUUUCCGCUCCAAGUCCUCGAAGUUUUAACACUGUGUAUUGCAAGCUGUUUUAUGUGCAUUUCCUCCUACUUCUGUAUGGACUGAACUUACUGCAGGAUCGUCUUCCCUGCGGAAACACAAAUCCCUGCAAAUUCCUAGAAGUUGCAUGAAGUCUUAAGCCCUUGCAGUGCAUCACAAACGCCUUGUUCGCCCCUCUGCUUGUGUCUGGAUUGCUCCAUCAGCAGCCUCUUUCUCCGCCAGAGAACUUGGCUCUGCAAACUCCCAGCGGUGUGCCAUGCAAAAGAGAGCAGGGGGGCCUCGCCAUGCGCCCUAAACCUCAGCCCUGAUGUUCUGCAUUCCUGUGUGGUCCUGUGGAUUCCCGCAGCUGCUCCUGAUGUCCUCCUCGCGUGGAGUUCUGCGCAGUGUGCGACUUGCCAGCCUGGCCAUCUAACAGCUGCCUGUGUCUCUGGAAAGCCACAACAAUGUUCUCUCGCUGUUUGCCGGAUUAACAGCAGCAGCUCUACCUGAGCAGCCGCCUUGGCAGCGUGCGGCCACGAGAGGGCGCAUUGUCCCUGCCAGUGUGCAGCAGCCAAAGCAACCGAGAGAGGUUGUCUGCGUGUGUCAACAACACUCGCUCGGGCCUCCUGGCGUGUAAGAUCAGCAGCGGCGGCGGCAGCUGGCCAGCCCAGCAAAACAGCCCAGCCAGUGUGUGCACACUGCAAUUUCUGGAAUUCGUUCCUCUCUCUGCUGGAGAGCAGAUGUGGGAUCCCCAUGGCAGGACAAGGAGAUAAAAGGCCGCAAGCGAAGGCAGAGGCUCUGGUGGUUUGGGUGUGACUCACCUCCAUGGACCACCCUGUGAUAACUGGGAUCCUGGGAUCAUCUGCCUGAGGGCGAUCCUAACCGUCUGAAGCAGCUGGGUGCUUAGCUGGCCCCCUCUCAGUAGAUCUCCUGCUCCAGGUCGAUCCCUUCUUGAGGGAGAAGAAGCAAGUCAUAAGGGAAGGUGGAGAACCAAAGGACUGACUCUUCUCUUCCAGAGCCUCCUGGACAGAAAGGAAACGCUGGGAUUGGGAGGCAGAAGAUGACCCAAAUAACACAGCCUCAGAAGCUGAGCUGUGGCAUGCAAGCAGAUGAAGGAACGGACUGGCUGCUGGAACUGUUAACUGAGGUCCAGCUGCAGCAGUACUUCUUGCGCAUCCGCGACGACCUCAACGUCACGCGCCUCUCGCACUUCGAAUAUGUCAAGAACGAGGAUCUGGAGAAGAUUGGCAUGGGGAGGCCUGGUCAGAGGCGCCUCUGGGAAGCCGUCAAGAGGAGGAAGGCUGUGUGCAAGCGGAAAUCUUGGAUGAGCAAAGUCUUCAGCGGGAAGCGGCCUGACUCGGACUUCCCGCCCCUGGCGCAGUGCGGCCUGGGCAAGCAGUCCACCCCGCCCCCCCUGGAAGAGGGUCAGCAGCAGGCCUUGACAUGCCUGAUCAGCGAAAAGGACCUGAUGCUCUUUGAGAAGCUGGGCGACGGCUCCUUUGGGGUGGUGCGGCGAGGGGAGUGGUGCACGCCCACCGGCAAGUUGUUGAACGUGGCUGUCAAAUGCCUCAAGACGGACGUGCUGAGCCAACCGGAAGCCCUGGACGACUUCAUCCGCGAGGUCAACGCCAUGCACUCCUUGGACCACCUGAACCUCAUCCGCCUCUACGGCGUGGUCCUCUCCAACCCCAUGAAGAUGGUCACGGAGCUGGCCCCUCUGGGCUCCCUGCUGGACCGGCUGCGCAAGAACCAGGGGCACUUCCUCAUCGCCACCCUCUGCCAAUAUGCCAUCCAGAUCGCCCGCGGCAUGGCCUACCUGGAGUCCAAGCGCUUCAUCCACCGGGACCUGGCUGCCCGCAACAUCCUGCUGGCCACCAACGACCUGGUCAAGAUCGGAGACUUUGGGCUCAUGAGGGCUUUGCCCAAGAACGACGACCACUACGUCAUGCAGGAGCAUCGAAAGGUCCCCUUUGCCUGGUGCGCCCCUGAGAGCCUGAAGACCCGCACCUUCUCUCACGCCAGCGACACCUGGAUGUUCGGCGUGACGCUGUGGGAGAUGUUCACCUACGGACAGGAGCCUUGGAUUGGCCUCAACGGCAGUCAGAUUUUGCACAAGAUCGACAAGGAGGGAGAGCGGCUGCCGCGGCCAGAAGACUGUCCCCAGGACAUCUACAACGUCAUGCUGCAAUGCUGGGCACACAAGCCGGAAGACAGACCGACAUUUGUGGCCCUGCGUGACUUCCUCCUGGAGGCGCAGCCCACGGAUAUGCGGGCGCUGCAAGAUUUCGACGAGCCGGACAAGCUCCACAUCGAGAUGAAUGACAUCAUCACGGUCAUCGAGGGCAGGGCUGAGAAUUACUGGUGGCGGGGUCAGAACAAACGGACCCUGAAGGUGGGCCAGUUCCCGCGCAACACGGUGACCUCGGUGGCAGGGCUGUCCGCCCACGACAUCAGCCAGCCCCUCAAAAACAGCUUCAUCCACACGGGCCAUGGAGACACCAACCCACAGCAGUGCUGGGGCUUCCCCGAUAAGAUUGACGAGCUGUACCUGGGCAACCCUAUGGACCCUCCCGAUGUCCUAGGAGUCGACUUGAACGCAGCCCGGCCCACGCAGCUCCCCGGAAGAGCGAAAAGGGAGCCUCCACCUCGGCCACCUCAGCCCUCGAUCCUCCUAAAGAAGCCCUCGUACGAUCCUGUGAGCGAAGAGGACAACCCGCUCUCCUUAGGCCUCAAGCACCUCUGUCUGAAGAAGCCCGGCACGGGGCGAGGUCUGCGCCCGGCCAAGCCAUCGGCCCGCAUCUCCGGCACCAAAGUGGGCGAGAGGCUCCUACUGCCCCGGACCAAGGGAGGCGCUCUGCCCGGCAGCGAGGUAACGCUGAUUGACUUCGGGGACGAACCCAUCCCCACCACCCCCUCGCCCGUCGGGGAGCUCUGCGCCCCCUCUCUGGCGAAGCUGGCCAUGGAAGCCUUCUCCCUCUUGGACAAGACACCCCCUCAGAGCCCCACGCAAGCUCUGCCCCGGCCCCUCCACCCGACGCCCAUCGUGGACUGGGACGCCCGGCCCCUCCCUCCGCCCCCCGCGUACGACGACGUAGCGCAAGACGAAGACGACUUCGAGGUGUGCUCCAUCAACAGUGCAGAAGGGCUGGGGGGUGGCCGGGGCAGCUGCAAAAACUGGGAGAAGGGGAAGACUGGGGAUGGCUUUGGGUCCAAGGAAGACCCCACGGCUCUCCCGCUGGAAGACAACCUCUUCCUGCCCCCCAAGGAGGUCAAGCAGCCUAGCCCUGCCCAGACGACGGAGCUCUUCCAAGAACUCCAGCAGGAAUGCAUGAAGCACCUCAACGUGCCCUUGGGAUCUUCCUCUGUGGCCUCCACGCCCAGCCCAGGGGAGGACAAGCCCCAGAUCCCGCCUCGUGUCCCCAUCCUGCCCCGACCGAUCCGCCGGAACGAGCACGGGCGUUGGUCCGGGGAGCUGUCGCCGGCCUCGGCGGGCGAGGAGGACCGGCCUCCCCAGAUCCCGCCGCGAGAACCGUUGUCCCAGCCUGGCUCCAGAACUCCCAGCCCCAUGGCUCUGCAAGGGGGGUCCCCGCAGCCAAGGACCAACCUGUGCUCCCCGUUGUCCCUGGGGGCCUUCCUGUCCACAUCACCCGGCAAGCAGCCCAUGCCCACCACCCAGAGCUUUGCCCUGGACCCCAAGUACGCCACCCCUAAAGUGAUCCAAGCGCAAGGGAAGGAGAGCGCCAAGGGGCCUUGCAUCUUGCCCAUCGUCAAGGAUGGCCGGAAGGUCAGCAACACCCACUACUACCUCCUCCCCGAGCGCCCGCCCUACCUGGACAAGUACGAGAAGUUCUUCAAGGAGGCCAAGAACCCCGAGGAAGCCCCGCCUCCGGCCAGGGUGGUCACCACGGCCACCGUCCGACCCAUGGUCCAGCAGCAGCCUGACUACAAAGCCAACUUCUCCUCCAACAACAGCAACGUCCCCUUCAAGGCUUCCUGCGGCCUUCAGAAGAUCAUCUACGACAGCUCCGAUAGCCCCAGGCCCUCAGAGAAAAUACGGCUGGUCCAAGAGACGGUUCACGGCGUCACCACAGAGGAGUGCCACACGGCACUGCAAAACCACAGCUGGAACGUGCAGAAGGCCAUUCAGUACCUGAAGGUGGAGCAGCUCUUCUGCCUGGGCCUCAAGACACGGCUGGAGUGCCACAAGGUCCUGGAGAUGUUCGACUGGAACCUGGAGCAGGCCAGCUCUCACUUGCUGGAUCCCUACAGCGCCUUCCGGCUCAAGCGGUGAGCUGCAGGAGUACCCCAAAACAGGAGUGGUUGACCCGACGUGGGUUCCCGUGGUUGGUGCUGCUCUGAGCAGCCCUUUCUGAGGAGGUGUACGGACCGAGUCUAAGUUGCCCCGAGGCAGAGGACAGCAGAGCAGAGGCACACAAGACUGUAGCUUGGUCCCGCUGGGCCAAACCCACACGCGUUCCCCUCGCACCAGAGACCGGGCCGCUGACCCUUCCCCCUCCGCCGACCCCAGGCGGCUUCGUGUUUGCUUGUCGUCGUCGUCCCCGUCCCCCCGCUUCCGGCCAUUAUUUCCAUUGCUUCGUGUCGGAUUUAUUUUGUAAAGAGAAGUGUUACAUUAAUAUAUAAAUAUACUAUUCUAUUUUGGAGAGAAA